ACCACAAAACUGAGCCAUAAUUUUCUUUUUCAUAACUCUUACUGUAAUGAUGUAAACAGAUUCUAUUAACAAAUUGUCGCUUCUAAUUAUAAAUCGGAAAUAAAAUUCCAAUUCUCAGAGAGAGAAUUUUGUUUUCGUUGCACAUUGUGUCUAUUUGAAUAUGAGAGUUGUAAUUACAACACAGAAAAAAAGUUUAUUAGCAUUCUUUUAAAAGAGGGUCGUGCAAGCAGACUAAAGUUUUGCAAUGCACCAUGGAAGGGAUGGACACAGGUAUAUGGGCCGAAGAAUACAUAGAAAGGGGUGUGGAUUACGGGUCGGCGGAUCAUAAGCGGGCGUCAGCCAUGCCGUCCCAGGGAUCUCUAUUUACAAACUUUGAAGAAGUUCAGCUUACAGACGAAGAGAGGGUAUACCUCAAUGCUGCCUCGAUGGGGGAUGUGGGGAUCGUCCGUCAGUCUUUGGAGGAACCGGACGGAGCCCUAAACGUCAACUGUGUGGACUAUAUGGGGAGAAAUGCCCUUCAUCUUGCCAUUGACAGCGAGAAGAUCGGCGUUAUUGAGAUCCUCAUCGAUAACUUGAACUUUAACUGCAUAGAGGAGGCACUGCUUCAUGCAAUUAGUAAAGGAGCAACGAAAAUCGUUAAAUUAAUUAUUGAACAUCCUAACUUUAUGGCGGGUGAAGACAGGUUCAAAAGUUUUGGAGUAACUGAAGCCUUUUUCAGGACAGAAGAGAAAAGUCAAUUUCCUCCAGACAUUACACCUUUAAUUUUAGCUGCUCACUACAAUAAUCAUGAAAUUGUUCAAAUGUUUUUGUCUAGGAAUCACAAAAUAGAAAAACCACAUAGCAUAUCAUGUAAGUGCACGGACUGUGCUACGAAACAGAACUAUGAUGCUUUGAAACGGUCUCGAUCACGUUUGAAUGCAUAUCGGGCUCUGGCUAGCCCGGCAUACAUGGCACUUUCUAGUCCUGACCCAAUUAUGACGACCUUUGAACUUCGACAGGAGAUGAUGAAACUGGCAGAGGUGGAGAAAGAAUUCAAAAAUGAAUACCUUGCACUGCUGGAACAGUGUAUGAACUUUGCCUGUGAGUUGAUAGAUCUCUGCCGAGGUACACAGGAAGUUGAGGCCGUAGUUAGUGAGGGAACCGGAUGUGGGGAGCCUCUGGCAAGACUUAAAAUGGCAAUCAGAUAUCAGGAAAAGAAGUUUGUUGCCCAUCCUAACUGUCAGCAGCACAUGACGACCCUCUGGUAUGGAUCAGAGAUGAGCUUCCUCCAGUCUUUAAGUCUUUGGAAACAACUCGCCUUCAUUCUUCUAUUUCUUCCAUGUAUUCCGUUUCUCUGUGUCGCAUAUGUCAUUUUUCCAAACACCAAACCGGGAGAGGUCAUGCGCUGUCCCGUGACAAAGUUCAUCACGCAUGCUACGUCACACAUCUGCUUCCUCAUCUUACUGGCUGCUGCAACAUUCCGCUUAACGGAGAGCGGCGUAACCAUCACUUCCACAACAGAUCUACAUAAUCCAACAUACGAAUCGCUGUCCAAAGAAGAAAAAAUUAUUAGUUUAUUAAAAGAAACUUUAAGGCCUGCAAAUACCUUACUGACUCAUGUUCAACUAUGUAUUGUUUUCUGGAUUUUAGGUUUAUUAUGGAUAGAAUGUAAACAACUUUACAGUACAGGAUUAAAAGCCUAUAUCACAGUAUAUCAGAAGCUGAUAGAUUUUAGUGUGCUGUCAAUGUACCUGGCUUCAUAUGUUCUCCGUUUCUUUACCGAGUAUAGAAUAGCACAAGCUGAUAGGUAUUUUAAUGGUACAAAUAUUGCAAGAGAUCUUCUCCGGCAGGAAAAUUAUACCUACUUUAACUGGAAACUAGAUGAAAUAAGAAGUCCGAAGAACGCACCAAUAAAUUAUUUCAUGGAAGCCUCACGGUUUCACUGGAAACCGAACGACCCUGAAAUCGUGUCAGAUGUGCUGUUUGCCAUUGCUAAUGUGAUAAGCUUUGCUCGAACUACCUACCUCAUGCCCGCGUUUGAGGUCCUGGGGCCUCUACAAAUUUCCUUGGGCCGUAUGAUUGGUGACAUUACAAGGUUUAUGGUUCUCUUCACCUUGGUUCUGUUUGCCUUCAUGGUUGGCCUUCAUAACUUGUAUUGGUACUACGGCGCUCAGAGAAUCAAGAUGGUUUUGAAUGACAAAACUGUAUACGUACAUGCUGCGGAAGCUUUUCAGGGUUUACGCCAGACCUUCUACAGCUUGUUCUGGUCCAUGUUUGGACAAGUCAGUAUCGCAGAUAUAAUUGUUCGACAUCCGGGUCCCACAGGAGUGUAUGGUGGUCCAACACCGGAGUCUGUGAAUAUGGAGAGAAGCACUGAUAUCGUAGAACAAGUCGGGAUGUACCUCUUCGCUCUUUAUCAUGUUGUCAUCAUCAUUGUUUUGAUCAACAUGUUAAUUGCUAUGAUGAGCCACUCAUUUGAGGAUAUUCAGACUGAUUGUGAUGUGGAAUGGAAAUUUGCCAGAACCAAACUUUGGCUGAACUAUAUGGAUGAGGGAAGUACCCUACCAGUGCCAUUUAAUAUGAUACCUACACCCAAAUCUCUCUGCUAUGCCUGGAGGUUCUGUAAAGACUUGUUAGCAAUAUCUGAUGUAUCUUGGUUGGAAUAUCAGACGAAGAAAAAGCAGACAUUUAUUAAGAAAAGGAGAGAAAGAGUGUGUAAAACACUGGAUCUUAAAGUAGAAGAUACGUCCUACAGCGACAUAAUGCAGAGAUUGGUCAAACGAUAUCUAUUUAAAAUGGAGCGUGCAAAAGAUGAAAAAGAACUUGUAAAAGAUGGAGUGCCUAAUUUACGAAAUGAGGACGUAGAAAUCGUGGAGACAAAUGACACACCCCCACCAGUACCGGAAGCUCCUAGUAGGAUUCCCUACGCCACACCCAUCAACGAAGAAGAGGAAGAUGAAACGCAGUCUAUUAAUAAAAAUCUCAGGCAAGGGAUAGGAUCCAAACGGAAGCUGUGCAGUCGGUCGAACAUGCGCAGAGUAUCAAGCAGUGUGGCUCCUUCUCCCACAACUCUUGUGAUCCCUCAGUUAGAUGCUAUUCAACGAUCACAGAAGCUCUUAGACGUUCGUUUACAACACCUUCAAGCAAAUAGUAAAGAAAACAAUCGCAUUAUUGACGAUAUAGAAUUUCUUAGACGUGUAAUGACAGAAAAUCAGAAGGCGUUAUUUAACAUUAUACAUGCUCUUGGAAAUAUGCAAGGUGAAAUUGUUGACCUUGUCAAAUGUCUAUCGUCAACACCUGUACCAGACAAAAAUCAUAGUCAUAUGAACUCUUCAAAUUCCGUUUCAAAAUCUUCAGGGAAAAAGCGCACAAGUCAUCAGGAUGAUGAAGAAAGUGAAGUUUGAUGAAAAUGUGAACAGAGGGAGGGUGGCUAAUGGCAUACUUUAAAAUAAUUUGAAUCAGGGGCUACAGAGUA